CGGUGACGCCAGACGCGGGGCAAGCACCGGGCUCUUUGUGAGAAGAUGGCAGCACGGAGAGAGACCCGGAGUGGGCUCGCGCUCGGGCUGUGGCGGAUCGCGCGCUCCCUCGCCCUGCUCGCGCUCGCCGCCGCCGCCGCCCCUGCCCUUUCCCCUCCCGCCGCCCCCGUCAACGACAAUGACUUCCCGGUGACUACUGAUGUGGAAACGGAGAUGUUAACAGUUACUGCUGGAAAUAAUGCAGGAAAUACUCUCAACGGUGUGUUAUCCCCGACGUCAAAUUCAAAAACUGUUGGACUUGGAGCUAAAAUUACAAAAGCAAUCAUCGAAAUUAUACCAAAUAAGACCAUCACUGUCUCCACCACCACAUCUGCAACCACACCAAAUACUACUACAACAAGAAGCGUGAUCGUGCAUCCUGUCGUGACAAUACAGAAAGAAAUCGGCCAAAAUCAUGACCAAAGUACCCCUAAAUUAGUUACAUUCACAGUGAAAGAUAAUAUCACUGAACCAGACACUGAAAUAAUGGUGAUUGCCACAGAUAUCGAUGAGGAUGAAACCAUUGCUUCAAAUAUCAUUCCAGACAAGAUGGAUGAAAUGAUAAAUAACCAACUUUUGGUUGUUGGACAGGAUAAUUUGCAAUCCUAUUAUCCAGGAGGGAUGGAGUAUGUUGACAACCCUCAAAUAGAAGAGAAUGACAUGGAUAAUGAUGACGUGGAGGACACGCUUGAGCUCCCUGAUGAACCAAUAUAUAUUGCCGCACCUGAAGAAAACGAGAGCCAUUUCUUUUUUUACUUGGUAGCUGCUGCUUUUCUGAUUGCUAUUGUUUACAUUACAUAUCACAACAAAAGAAAGAUUUAUAUUCUCUUAGUGCAAAGCAGACGGUGGAAGGAUAGUCUGUGCUCAAGGACAAUUGAAUAUCAGCGGUUGGACCAAAACAUGCACGAUGCUAUGCCAUCACUUAAGAUUACAAAGGACUAUAUUUUCUAAAUGCAUUACUUCAACCAGUUGCAUUUGUUUCAAUUUUUUGUUUGACCUUUGUUGGUGGAACAAUGGAAAUUAAACAAAAAAUAUCCGUUACCUUUGUUUAGCAUAAAUUCUGUUUAAUAAUCGGACCCAAAAGUAAUGUUGUUAAUCUUCAAGAACGUAACUCGUGAUGGUAAUGUGAGUCACUGCAUCUAUUAUAAUGGAUUAUCAGUUGUAAUCAGGAAGAACAAUCCACUUCCAUUGCUGGCAGGAUAAGUUAAUCUAAACUAUAUAUAUUUCAAAAUUAGCAGUUAAAUAUUUACUAAUUUCCCUUAUCUGGCAUUGUCUGAAUUUAAUGACUAUUAAAAGCUCAGUUAAUGGAAUUCCAUAAUGUUGAUAUCGAAUCAAGUUUCUUUAAAAAAAAAAAAAAGGAUGUAAGCUGCAUACUUAUUUCUGGCAAAGCUACCUUUAUAACAUUUUGGCAAAACUGUUGCAUUAUCAUGGAAAAGAAAUGUUGAUUUUUUUUUUGUGUGUCAUAGUUAUUUGACUUUUUGUUGUAUACCUUUUGCUAUUAAAAUUUUGCCUAUAGUGUUAAAUGGUACUUUGGCCAAAACCAGGUUGAAAUAUAUAACCUGCCUGUAGCCUUAGCAAAAGCUUCAACUUCAAUAUUGUGUUCCGUUCCCCAAUCAUUCCAAAGUACAUAUCCAUUGAAUUUUUUUGUUUUCUUUCAAGCAUUAGCACAUUAUUUUGUGAUUUUUGUAUUCACUAUUAAAUUGUGUACUUUGUUUAUCACUUAUUUGUAUAGAUAUGAGGUUCAAUAUAUGAUCUAACAUAAAUACAUUUGUUUAAUUCAAAAAUCUUUACUGAAAAUAGUUUCUGGAGUGGGUUAUCAUUACCUGUUUUAGAAAGCAAAAUGUUAAAAGAACUUGCUUUAGUUACCUGACUUGUAUUUAAGACAUUGUCAGAUUCUUUGAAGAUCAAGGCUGAAAUUGGUUGACUUAAAUGAUUUAAUUAUUGUUUACUUAUAUGUUUGAUCUUUCGUCUGAAACAAUGCAAAAUGAACACAAAUCACCUGGAAUUUUUUUGGGUCUCUGUUUUAAUAAAGGUUUUGAAUUAAUUCA